CCCUCCCGCGCCCGCCGAGGGGGCGCGGCCGACAUGUCUGUCGAACUCGUCCUCUGGCUCUUCUCCUUCGCCUCUGUGAUGGCCCUCGUCGGCCUCACUGCCUACCAGCUUAUCUGCUUAUCUGAUUUGGAGUUUGACUAUAUCAAUCCAUAUGAUUCAUCAUCUCGCAUCAACGCAGUAGUCAUAAUAGAAUACGUACUCCAAGGGGUCCUCUGCGCUUCUUUCCUCUUGACGCUGAAUUGGUUUCCGUUUCUAGUUAUGGCUCCUGUAACAUAUUACCAUGUGAAGCUGUAUAUGAAUCGGAAACAUCUUAUAGAUGUUACUGAGAUAUUCCGACAGUUACAUGGAGAGAAGAAGUACAGGAUGAUCAAGCUUGCCUUCUACUUCGCAUUAUUUAUUAUAUCCAUUUACAGGCUUGUCAUGACGGCUGUGCUACUAUUUAUUGAUGAGGAUGUGAAUCUGGUAGAAACUAGGACUAUUUAGAGCUUGUCAUCAACAUCUCACAUGUGGCCAGGGAAUCCCAAUGAUGCAGUUGGUUAACUUGUCGCACACAUGUUUCAACAUCUGGCUCCUAAUGAACACUUAACACGAGGAACCGGUGAGAGUACAUUCCAGUCUUCCAGAAAUUCUGAAACAAGACGGUUCAUUUGUUCUGUAGGAGCUUAUCUGGUGCCUGGGUGUUGAUUGUAACCAUCAGGCAGAACUGACCUUGUGGUGUACAUUGUAAUUUCAUGCGUUUUGGUAUUGCAACGCCAUCUGUCGAGAUUUGGUUAACGCUGGACAUCUUGGUGUGGUAUGCGCGAACGCUGACAUCUUGCACUUAUAUCGCGGUGUUGUAUUUUGAUUCA